AAGUUUCUGGCAGCUGCUCACAGAACCCAGCCCUGGAUUCCCCCUGCUACCAAAACCUGGCAAACCCAAUACACUGCCCAGCAUGGAUCACCUGGAACGUGGGUCACCAGGUCUGUGCCCAGCAUGAAUCGCAGUUGGGUCACUCGUAGGGCUUAUUAUGGACACAAGACUCCAAGUGACUUCUAGAGAUGGACUUGGGCAGGAGGAACCCUCAACCCAACGCACUCACACCUUGUUUUCCCCCCCACAGUAGGAUUUCUCCUUCCCAAACCUUGGCCAGAUGGAGGAGAAGGAUGCAAGGAAGAGGAAGAUGCCCCGGGCCCCCCAGGCAGGCCCCGAGCUGAGGACGGAGAGCCCGGAGGACAAAUCCCCCCAGCAGAGCCUGGUGGGAGAGGCCGUUUUGAAGGGCUCCACGGCGCAGGAAGGCAGCGGGGAGGAAAAGGCCCAGAGAUCCCCCCGCAGGAGGGGCUCCAAAGCCAGCCCAGGGUGCUCUGAGGAGGAAAGAGCCAGCCUGGGCCGGGAAGGCGGCCGGAGCUUGAGCCAGAGCUGCGGCCUGGAGGUCCCUGAGCAGCCUCCCAGCAGGGAGAAGCCCUACAAAUGCUUGGAAUGUGGGAAGACCUACAGCCGGAGCUCCAUGCUCCUCACCCACUGGCACACCCACACGGGGGAACGGCCCUACACGUGUGAGGAAUGUGGGAAGAGCUUCAGUCACAGGUCCAGCUUUAUCCGCCACCAGAACAUCCACACCCGAGAACUGCUCUACAAGUGCUUGGAAUGUGGGCAGGUCUUCAGCCGGAGAUCCCACCUGAUCGACCACCAGAUGAUCCACACCGGGGAACGGCCCCACAAGUGCUUGGAAUGUGGGAAGACCUUCAGGCGGAGCUCUCACCUGAUCGGCCACCAGCGCAGCCACACGGGAGAACGGCCCCACGAGUGCUUGGAAUGUGGGAAGAGCUUCAGCGACAGCUCCACCCUCCGCAACCACCAGCGCAUCCACACCGGAGAACGGCCCCACGAGUGCUUGGAAUGUGGGAAGAGCUUCAGCUCCAUCUCCCACUUCGUCUUGCACCAGAAGACUCACACUGGGGAACGGCCCUACAAGUGCUCGGAAUGUGGGAAGAGGUUUCUGACCAGCUCACAUCUCCUCAGGCAUCAGCAAAUGCACACGGAGGAGAGGCCCUUCCGCUGCACCGACUGCGGGAAGAGCUUCAAGGACAGCUCCAUGCUCGUCGACCACCAGCGCAUCCACACUGGGGAGAGGCCCUACAAGUGUGGGGAGUGUGGGAAGAGCUUCAUCCGCAACUCCCACCUCGUCAGGCACCGGCGCGUCCACAGCGGGGAGAGGCCCUACGAGUGUGAGGAGUGUGGGAAGAGCUUCACCCAGAGCUCCAACUUGACCACACACCAACGGACCCACCAGAAGAGAAGCCCUGUGAGCGCCUCGACUGCGGGAAGAGCUUCAUCUGCUGCUCCAACUCCAUCAGCCAUCGGAGGACCCACGUUGGAUGAUCCACAGUGACCCACACUGGGCACAGACCUGGUGACUCACAUUCCAGGUGAUACACAUUGGGAAGACGUCUGGCAGGUGGUCUCCCUGUGGGCAUCUGGAUGAAGGCAGGGGGAGGAACAUUCAUCAGGACGCAGACUAAGAUUGGAAAUUCAUUGGGAAGAGCAAAUUUGUUGACUUUAGACCUGUGGCAGGACAUCUCCCCUGGGAUGUCCAAGCAAACUAUGCCACGGCCCGGUGGGGUGAGGAAUAGGGAUGUGACACUGCACAGAAGGGUCUGACAAGAUAGAAGGUCGGGGUGCAAUGGCCACUUUAUUAAGGGAGGACUGGGACUUAUACAGGGUUUGGCUGAGGGAGGUUCAGUAACCAGGGCGGAGCAUGAGACGGACACUUCAGGGU